AUGCUACAUUUGCAGCUAGAUCGUAGUACAGAAGAGGAUAUUAGAGCUGCACAGUCAAUUUUUGCACAAGUGAACGUCUACAUCGCACUACUUAACGAUUCUAACUACGAGGAGUUAGAGAAGCAAAUCCAACUUAUACUAGAAAAGUCUCCGGUCUUUGUUUAUAUCAAAUAUUGGAAGAAGCUAUUGCUAUUAACUUCCCAGCAUAUCAAAGAGUAUCAGCAGCUGGAGUUAAGCAAGCCCACGCAUCGGCUUCUGUACUUCUUAUUCCAAGAACUUGAGUAUAAAAGUUCAGAAGUUAUAGAAUCAGUUAGAUCGAAUAUUUUUGAAAACAGUUCGUUUUUAAACCAGAUAAAUCUUUCCAAGAAGGAUAUCUUAUCCGUUUUAACAGUUUCCGAGGAUAAAAGGAUUAUAGAUAGAUUGGUUCCGGAAGACUACAUUAAUAGGUUGAAAAAAAUCAGACAGUUGCAAAUGAAUACCUCACAAGCUCUCCAGGAGUUCAUUGCUAAAGAGUCAUCUCAAACUGUUGAAGCAAACCUAUCAAGUUUGUUAUUUUCAUUGGAAGGUGAAAGCUUAAAUGAUUUUAUUGCGUUAAUUUUAUCAGAGGUACUUUCACCAGGCUCACAAGAUUUACAGUCAUCUCCAAACAGUUGGUUCACCCCUAUAGCUAUUCCGGAAGCUACAAAAAGAGGUAUCCAGAUAUCAAAUGCCCUUUCAAAACUAAGUGCAUCUGCUAUUAACUGGAAUCGGGUUUUUAACCUUAUGUCCACAAAAUAUUUCUUAAACCGGGCGAUAACCCCUACGUUAGCUUCGUUAAGUUGCCUAUUCGGUGUUCUGAACAAUGGUGCUCUCAUUGACCAGUUUUUUAAUUGUGACUGGAAUCUAAUUUUUAAACUUAAUUUAGCCAUAUUAAUGCACCAAUGGAGCACGCAAAAAGGAUGCAUUGAUCUUUUACAGAAUCAGGAUCUCAGGAAAGUUUCUAACAUUAUCCCCAACUCUAAGAACUCAUUGUUAUAUCUCUUAUCUGUGGCAAAGCUAGAUAUUGAGCUAUUUCUGUCCAGAGAGGAAUUCGGUUCCAGUCCAAUGUUUCAGCUUUUCCAUGAUUGUUUCUUUGAUGAUUAUAAUCUGGUGCCAGAAUAUUUAGCACUAACCUUAAUUUCCGAGACCAAACAUUUUAGCCUGAUGGUUGAAAAUAAGAGUAUUAUUAACGAAUUGCUUGUGACAUUAAUGGUCCAAGUGUUUGAAAAGUCACCCAUGGUUUUUGGUGAGCUGAUCAAGAGAAUUCCAAAUAUUAAGAUUAUUGAGGUGGGUAGGAUUAUAACUAACAAAGAAACCACUCCUUUGGCUAACUUUGUUCAGAUACUUUAUGAAGAGAAGAAGUUAGAGGAUUUUAUCGAAAGCGUUCCCUUUAAUGAAUCAUUGAAAAUAACGCCUAGCGCGAGAAAAGUUGGUUGGACAGGCUUUGAGGAGUUCAUGCAGUCAAAACUAUCUCUUGAUUCUGUUGAUAUUAUAAUAGAUUUUAUCGAACUACAGUCUACUAUGGACGAUCAAAAUACCCCAUUUAGAUCAUCGAGGGUGUAUGAUCUGCCGGCAUUGUACUUUGUUGUGAAUUUGUUGGACACUUAUACGUUACCAAAGGAAACAAGGACCAGAUUAAAUGAAGUACAGUAUAAGCUGUUAAACACUUUCCCUAGAUUAAUAAAUUUUGGUCAUGGUCAUGAUGAAGCUAUUUUAGCAAAUGGUGAUCUAGUUCCUAUUCCAACAGAUGUUGAAAAAGAAAUGCAAAUGUACCUACAAAAGAUGUACAAUAAGGAAAUGCAGAUAAAAGACAUUGUUGAUAUUCUUAGAAAGUUAAGGGACAGUGAUAAUCCUCGUGACCAAGACAUAUUUUCUUGCAUUACGCAUGCUGUAAUUGCCGAGACGAAGUUUUUUAAAGAGUAUCCUUUGGAGGCUUUAGCCACCACCUCUGUUUUAUUUGGAUCUAUGAUUCUAUUUGAUUUAUUACGUGGUUUUGUAUUGGAUGUGGCGUUUAAAAUUAUUGCUGAUUUUGCAAAAGAAGGUCCUGAGUCAAAGAUGUUCAAGUUCUCAGUGCAAGCCUUAUAUGCAUUUAGGAUUCGUCUCCAUGAAUUCCCCAGCUUUUGUAAGUCUUUAGUUGAUGAUAUUCCAAGUUUACAAUCACAACCUCAAAUUUUUCAAAUCUUAGCAGAGUCUGCAGCUCAAUCCAAAGGCCAGGAUACUAGUGGAUCCCGAAACGUUCAACAAAUUCCGGAUAUGAUUACUUUAAAUUACUUUAAUGUUAAUGAAACUCCUAUCACUGUUCCACAAGAAAAUCCACCUAGGGAAGUUACUGAAAAGGUUUUAUUUGUUGUCAAUAAUAUCAUAAUGGAUAAUAUUAAGGAGAAAAUUAAUGAUUUAAAUGCUGUCCUGGAAGAGAAAUAUUACGCAUGGUUUUCAAAUUAUUUAGUCAAUCAAAGAGCUAAAAUAGAGCCGAAUUAUCACAAACUUUAUGCAGAAUUGUUGACUUCUGUUGAUUCCAAGCUUUUGCACAAGUUUAUGUUGAAUUCAACCUAUAAACAACUAUAUUUUCUACUCUCAACAAAAGAUGUUUCCUCUAAUGAUAAAAAUCAUUUGAAGAACUUAGGUGCUUGGUUAGGUCAUAUGACGCUGGCAGUAGAUAAGCCUAUCAGACAUCGCAACAUUGCAUUUAGGGAACUGCUGCUUGAUGCUCAUAAACAGGGAAGAUUGGAUGUUGUUGUUCCGUUUGUAACCAAGGUUUUACAACAGGCGGCUGAAUCUAAAGUUUUUAAACCACCGAGCCCAUGGAUUGUUGGUAUAUUAAGGGUUCUUUUGGAGUUAAAUGAAAAGGCAAACUGGAAAUUGAGUUUGACUUUUGAAGUUGAGGUGUUAUUCAAGGCUUUGAAUUUAAAACUUGCCGAAUUAAAGCCUACAAAUUUCAUGGAGGUCCCUGAAGUGACAGAAUAUUUGGCUGGGAAUUUAAGAACAUUGACAAUAGAACAGCAGCAGCUUGAGCAGCAGCAGCAGCUACUGUCUAUGCAGACAUAUCAACAGCAAAUGGCGUUGUUGCAUAGACAACAGCAGCAACAGCAACAACAACAACAACAGCAGCAGCAGCAGCAGCAACAACAACAACAACAGCAGCAGCAGCAGCAGCAGCAGCGUGCUAUGUCUAAUGGUUUGAAUCUGUAUACUGAACAGAAUACUAUGGAUGGCGAUGGAAUAUUCAAUAAUUUAGUUGGUCAGUCUGCUUUUGUCACACAUCCCGAUUUAAAGCUUUUAUUUAUGAUGGCAAUGUCUAGAGCUAUAAGGGAAAUACUGGUGCCAGCUGUUGAAAAGUCAGCCAGCAUAGCUGUUAUUACCACCAUCAGUAUUAUGCUGAAAGAUUUUGCUACCGAGGUGGAUGAAAUCAAAUUAAAGUCUGCUGCAUUAGGUAUGGUGCGAAAGUUGGCGCAAAGUUUAGCUCAUUCCACAUCUGUUGAACUGCUGAAAGAAAACAUCCGUAAUCAUACUCAAGCCCUAACCCCUAAUUUGAUAAGCAUGAACAUGAGUCACUCUCCAUUAGAUGAGUUGAACAUGGCUAUUGAUGAUAACAUUAAUGGAGCGUUAGCUCCCAUUGAAAAGGCAGCAAUGGAUAAAGUUACCCAGGAUAUUGGUGAACAAUUAAUGCAAGCGAUUGCAAUUCGUCGUUAUCAUAAAGAAAGGAGAGUUGAUCAGCCGUUCCUGGCACCGAACGCUAAUAAUUAUGCCCUAACUUUACCAGAACCAUUGGGUUUGAAAACGACAGGUAUAACCCAACAGCAGUUUUUGAUUUACGAAGAAUUUUCUAAGUUGAACGUUAUACCGGAACAAGCUGUAACUAUUAACCAAACCCAUGCUCCACCUACUCAACAACAAGUAACUAACAACACACAACAGCUGCAACAACAGAAACAGCUACUGUUGCAGCAAUUGCAACAGAACCAGGGCCGGAUUCAAGCGGAUAUUAAUGUUCAUCAACAGCAAGCUAUGGCACCCCAACCUCAGAUUCAGCAGCCCAUUAAUCCAAUCCAAAGUGAGUUAGAACAAAACCAAAAGGUUUUAGUUCAGUUUAUGGAUAGACUGGUAUUGAAUAUUAAGGAAAACGCUGAUAAGAAGCUCUCUGAUUUGGGCAAUGACAAUGCUAUAAAGGAAACUAUUUAUCAGAUAUUAACAUUUAUCGCGAGAAGUGCACAAAAAGAUCAAUUAGCAUUGAAGGUGUCACAGGCAGUUGUAAAUAGUCUUUUUGGUACCAGUGAGAGUGUUUUGUGCAGAGAAGUUCUAUCAUUGUUGUUAGAGAAAUUGUGUUCAUUGUCUAUAGUUGCGAGAAAAGAUGUUGUUUGGUGGCUCGUAUAUGCUCUAGAUCCAAGAAAGUUUAAUGUUCCAGUAAUUCGUUCGUUGAUUGAGGUAAAUUUGAUUGAUAUUGCUGAAUUAGAUGUUGUAUUGGUAACAGCUAUGAAAAACUCGAUGGAUGGUGCUGUGAAGUUUGCCAUCAAUUUAAUUCGGGACACCACACUGUCAAAUAAUCCGUUACUAAUGCGUUUAGAUUUCAUUUGUACUCUAGAGUAUCUCCGAUUGUACAAUACUGAAGAGACCAAUGCUUUCUUUAAGGAUUUUGAAGAAUCCAGAAUCUUUCCAGCUGCUAAAAAUACAAAUGUUACCGAAAAAGAGCGUAUAUGGUUGGUGUUUACAGAUUGGGUUAAACUAUUGCAACGUGUGAGCAGUGAUGACAUUGUAACGAUUGUUUUUAUAAGGCAAUUGAUGGAUAAGGGUGUCGUAAACUCUAGUGACAAGAUCGUUGAAUUCGUAAAAGCUUCACUUGAGUUAUCAGUGAGUUCCUUUAAAGAAAGUGAUCCUACUGGCGAAGUUUUCACUGCAAUUGAUGCUUUGAGUAAUCUAAUUGUUAAGCUGAUUUAUCUACAAGAUUUCAGCGAAACUAGCAGAGCUGAUUACUUAACUUUGAUCUUUUCAGCUGUCACUUUAGUUUUUUCUAAAGAUCAUGAGAUUAACGACGUUACCUUCAAUGAAAGACCUUACUUUAGGUUUUUCUCCAGUUUACUAUGCGAAUGGGAGAACUUGCGCGGUCAUUCUUUCGUAAAAGUCAGAUCUGAUGUCUGCAGGAAUGAGCUGAUUGAAUUUGAUCCUGUAUUUUACAACAUAUUUGCAUCAUUCAUGCAUAGCUACCAAGCGAUUGCAUUCCCAGGGUUUGCGUUUGCUUGGAUCACAUUAAUCUCACAUAGGAUGUUUUUACCAAAUGUUUUCAGAUUGCCUAAUAAAGCUGGUUGGAGAAGUACGGUUCUUCUACUUUCUGACCUUUUGAAGUUCUUAGCUCAAUACAUCAAAAGAGGUGAAACCUCUGAUGCAAUUUCUGUUGUUUACAAAGGCACUCUUCGUAUCUUUUUGGCAAUUGCAAACGAUGUUCCUGAAUUUUUGGUGGAGAACCACUACCAGUUAAUUAACAACGUCCCUGUUUCAUGCAUUCAAUUGAAAAAUAUCAUCCUAGCAGCUUUCCCGAAAAAAAUGCUUCUUCCAGAUCCAUAUAAGUCUGAUUUAGACUUAGAUCACAUAGAGUUGUGCGAAAUCCCUCCAAAUGUUUUCUACGACCCGGUCCAAGAUUUAAAGAAUUUAAAAAAGCCGGUAGAUAAUUACUUGAGAAUCCCAUCUGCAUCAUUACUUCGUACGGUUUCUUCUGGUAUUUUCCGUACUGAAUAUGAGAGAGAAGCUGGUAUAGGCUAUGACGUCAAUACUAUUGACGUGAAACUAAUCCAUGCAAUUGUGUUACAUGUUGGAAUGGAGGCCGCUUUGGAAAAACAGAAGACUUCCUUUAAUGCUGUAUUCAAUACCAAAUCAUCAUACUAUACUUUUUUAAGCGGAAUGAUCAGCGAUGGAUCCGAUGAAGUAAAAUUCCAUUUGAUUCAGGCCAUGGUGAAUCAACUAAGGUACCCGAAUGCGCACAUUCACUGGUUCAAUUACGUCCUGAGAAGUAUGUUUGUUUCUGAUCAAUGGGGGGAUCAAACUUUGCAAGUUCAAGAAAUCAUUAUUAGAAGUUUACUAGAAAGAAUCAUCACGAGCAAACCGCACUGUUGGGGUGUUGUGGUGACGUUUGUUGGAUUAUUAAGAACCGAAGAUGUAAACUUAUUGGAAUUGCCGUUUAUCAAAGAUACACCUGAAAUGAAAUUAAUUUUCCAAAACUUAUCAAAGUAUCUAGUCAACUCUACUUUUUCAGUUAGUGGUGCUGUUCAAGAAGCACCAUUAGAGCAGAAGUCUUAG